UUAGCCGAGAGUGACAAGUGACAAUUUUCUCCGAGAGUGUCUUAGCCGCCAGACAGCCCUUCUUUCCAAAAGUAGUGUAGGAGGAGGAAUUUCCAUCUCAUCACCUCCGUUUUCCCCAUCCUCCAAAGACCCAUCGUUGAACACACGCUCUGUAUUCUUACUAAGCUAUACCAGGUCCACACAAUACUGGCAGCAAAUUUCACGACCUGAAAACGACCCACAAUGGCUUCAUCUGCUAUUGCAUCUAGCUCCUCACCUUUCAUCAACAAGGUUCAGAAAGAUGUGGGUCUCUCUACUUUCUCUUCACAACCCUCGUUUUCCUUACACACUGCCAAGAAAAGAAAUUCCAGGAAAAUCACGUGCGUCAUGGCACCACAGCAAACUGAACGCAAGCCUGCCACCUCUGGUUCAGUCAAGACUGCGAUGACGAUGACCGAGAAGAUCUUCGCUAGGGCUUCCGAGAAACCAAUGCUGAGCCCAGGCGAGAAUGUUUGGGUCAAUGUGGAUGUCUUGAUGACUCAUGAUGUUUGUGGACCUGGCACAUUUGGAAUCUUCAAAAGAGAGUUUGGCCAGAAUGCUAAGGUGUGGGACCGUGAGAAGAUCGUGAUCAUACCUGACCACUAUAUAUUCACUACUGAUGAUCGAGCGAAUCGGAACGUUGAUAUCUGCAGGGAUUUUUCCAUGGAACAAAAUAUUAAGUACUUUUACGAUAUCAAGGAUCUUGGGAAUUUCAAGGCUAACCCUGAUUAUAAAGGUGUAUGCCAUGUUGCUCUUGCCCAAGAAGGUCAUUGCAGGCCUGGAGAGGUCUUGCUAGGAACAGACUCUCACACAUGUACCGCAGGAGCAUUUGGCCAGUUUGCAACUGGAAUUGGCAAUACUGAUGCAGGUUUUGUGUUAGGUACCGGAAAGCUUUUACUUAAGGUGCCUCCAACAUUGAGAUUUGUGAUGGAUGGUGAAAUGCCGGAUUAUCUGCUUGCGAAGGAUUUGAUUUUGCAGAUUAUUGGUGAGAUUUCUGUGUCUGGUGCAACUUACAAAGCCAUGGAGUUUGUUGGCUCUACUGUGGAGAGUUUAACUAUGGAAGAACGAAUGACUUUAUGCAACAUGGUUGUUGAAGCUGGGGGAAAGAAUGGUGUUGUACCAGCUGAUAGUACUACAUAUAAGUAUCUCGAGGAUAAGACAAGCACUCCUUAUGAAGCAGUUUACAGUGAUGAUCAAGCAAGAUUUCUUUCACAGUACAGAUUUGACGUCUCAAAACUGGAGCCUCUAGUUGCUAAGCCUCAUUCUCCUGAUAAUCGAGCUUUAGCAAGGGAGUGCAAGGAUGUGAAAAUCGAUAGAGUCUACAUUGGAUCCUGUACUGGAGGAAAAACUGAAGAUUUUCUUGCUGCAGCCAAAGUUUUCCUGGCUUCAGGAAAGAAGGUCAAAGUUCCCACUUUCCUUGUUCCAGCUACCCAGAAGGUGUGGAUGGACGUAUAUAGUCUGCCUGUUCCAGGAUCUGGUGGCAAGACCUGCUCCCAGAUAUUUGAAGAAGCUGGUUGUGAUACACCUGCAAGUCCUAGUUGUGGUGCUUGCUUGGGUGGUCCCAAAGACACUUAUGCGCGCUUGAAUGAACCUCAGGUCUGUGUGUCAACAACAAACAGAAACUUCCCAGGUCGAAUGGGGCACAAAGAAGGUCAAAUCUAUCUAGCUUCUCCAUACACAGCAGCAGCUUCUGCUUUGACCGGCUUUGUCACUGAUCCAAGGGAGUUUUUGCAGUAGUCCAUUACGUGUGAUUGAUCUUGUACCGUUUGAACUUCUGUCCGAAUGGCAGCAAACUAUGAGGUUCAGUACUGAUACAAUAAAAAUGUCUCCAUAUGUUGUGAUUGUGUAGAGAUGCUAGUAUGUAACAUACCGUGCUGCUGCAACUCUCUGCUGUAGUAUAUUUGAGAGAAAAGGCUUAUUUAAUAAAUUUUUGUGGGCCGUUGGUUGUUA